GAUGGCUUUCCUCUUUCCACCUUUUGCUUUCUUCCCUCCCUUUCUCUCUCUUCUUCCCUCCUUCCUUCCCUCAAUCCCUCUAACCUAAUUGGCUGAUCUUGAAUCUUCUCUCUCUCCUGACCAAUAUCACCUCUAAACUUAGAGUAGAUCCUCUAAAUCUUGUGGGUUUUCUCUCUCAUCACAUAUACAUAUACCAGUUUUGUGAGAAACAGCUAACUUUGGAGGAAGUAGGAAAGAGGAGAAGGAGAAAGAGAUCAUAAAGAGAAAAGAGGAGAGGAUUUAGAGGAGAAGAUGACCCCAGCUAGUUUAGCAGGGCAAUUUGGGGACACCACUUACACUAAGGUGUUUGUUGGGGGUCUUGCAUGGGAGACUCAAAGGGAAACCAUGAGAAAAUACUUUGAGCAAUUUGGUGAGAUUUUGGAGGCUGUUGUUAUCACAGACAAGAACACUGGAAGAUCCAAAGGCUAUGGAUUUGUCACUUUUCGCGAACCCGAGGCUGCCAUGAAAGCUUGUGUGGAUGCAGCACCCGUAAUUGAUGGAAGAAGGGCUAACUGCAAUCUCGCUUCUUUGGGUGUUCAAAGAUCCACACCUUCAACACCAAAACAUGGAGGAGGCAGGAACUUUAGGGUGAUGAACUCGUAUCAGACAGGAGGGGGAACAGCUUUUCCUUCAGCUGCCAGCUUCCCUCAUUAUGCCAUCCAGCAAGGGUUUCCUUAUAAUGUAUUUGGGUACUCACCAUACUCCCCAGAGUACACGUAUCCUACGAGCUACUAUAACGCGUAUGGUGGAGGAGCAACAGCUCAAUAUCCUAUGUACGGAGGGGCAGCUGGAAUGGUAACGGGCACAGCUGCUUUCUACCCAUACUUCCAGUUUGGGCAUGGAAGUGGGGCAGCCCCUUACCCGCACGGGCAGGGCUAUAACAUGCAAUACCCGCACCAUCAUCUCUUCCAAUACUCGGCCAUGAAUUCCACUAGCUUUCCACAGCACUAUCUGGGCCCCAUGUCUCUACCCCCAACGCCCCCUCCACAAGCAGUGUCUUUUGCCUUACAACAGGCGUGACCAUGGCACUUCCGGAUCCAACUCUUCAUGCUCCAACACCACAUCAUCACUACAGGCUCAUUCCCAAUCCCUUCAUUCCACCACCUGAACAACCGUCGGCCUAACCAUGGUUCUCUCACUAACCCACACACCAUCCCACAUACACAGACCCAAGGGCAGACCACAGGGGUCUUCCCUGCAACCAGUUUUAGCCCAACAUGGACUAAAACCCUACCUCUAAAUUUGGAGGAGAGCCCUCCAAAUUUCACAUGUGUAUCUAGUCACAAAUGGGUACUUUGCAUGCAUUUAUCUAGAGAUGGCCCCCCACAUGGUGGGGCUAAGACCAUCACUUCCCAAGUUUGUGGUUUCUUCAAAAGCUAACAUCUCAACCCUUCACUAACUUUGGCCAUCACAUGAGCUGAAGCUUCAUUAACCAACCCUCUCUAACUUUAGCCUUGGAAGGGCUAAAAAAGAUCAAACCAACCCCACUUAACCUUUGGGCUUGCAAUAUGUAAAUUCAAACAAGACACUUUGCAAGCCCAUCUCUCCCAGUUUUGGCCACACACCCUCUUAAAUCUAGAGGCGGUUUUGGCCAAAUCCUAGGGCAUGGGCAUGCCCUAGUCAAUGUUCUAACAUUAGCUCUAGAUGUGGCACAUGACCAAUGAACUUUGUGACCGAUGUGCCUUCUGACAACCCCAACCAACUUCAUCUAACACACUCUCAUGUUGUAACCUUUUGUGUGUGACCCACUCAUCUUUCCCUAGGAAAAAGGGAAGGUGGACCCCACUCCACCCACCCUACUAAUUCUUUUGUUAUUUUCUUUUGUACAUUUCAUCAUGGGCUAGAAUUUGGGAAUUUUGGCCUAACUGAGACAGAUAUAGAGGUGUUCUAAUGUUUGUUUUUGGCAUUUAGCUCUACCUCCUGUCUCCAACCUUAGGAAAGAAGAAAACUCCAUCAGAGGCUUGGAGUUCAACCCCACCCUUAGGAAAUAUUUUCUUUUCUUUCUUCUCAAUCAAACCAAGGAGGUAAGCCUAGGGAGAUGUUUUUGGCCUCUUGAGUUCACCUUCUUCUAACCCUCCAUCACACCAUGGUUAGGACCAAGGUUGGUCAUCUUCCACUCAAACCCACCUCACUUCAUCCUCCUAUCCCAUCCAUCCAUCCAUCCACACACGCUGCCAUUUCCACCUCUUCUUCUUGCACUGAUAUUAAGGAUAAUGAUACUUUGAUAUAUGGUUUGGAUUGUAAUAAGUAGGUUUAUUACUUUGGGACAAGGACUAAUGUUUACUACUUUCAUCCAUGUGGACCAUGCCAUCUGACUAUACCUUUUGCUGAUAUUGUAGGAGAGUAAAUUAGAGAUGGUUUUGC